AUGGAUGAGUGCCGGGAGCCUCGUGCGCUGGCCGCCACACUUUAUUCACGGUCGUAUUCCGACCUGCUGCGGUUCGGCGUUGGGAAAGUUUGCGCGUCUAAAGACCACGUGAGACAGUAUCUCGGGAAGGGCGACAGCAGGUGCGGAAGGCAGGACGAGGCCGCUGGGACCAGCAGGGGGCGAAGCGGCGGGGGAGGGAACCCCGGACUCCGCGCGCGGAAGGCGCGCAGGCCUCCGCGCGGACGCGGGAACCGCACCCGGAACAGGCCCGCCCGGGGGGCCCCGCCCGCCGGAGACCGAGCCCCGCCCCUCCAGCCCGCCCCCAGGCCCCGCCGCCGGCGCGAAGGGCCUGGGUCUUCGGGGCGGGACCUGGGCCGUAAGCCCCGCCCCCGGCUCCGGAGCCGUCCUCCCGCGCAGGCGCCCUGGGGCCCGCAGCCUCCCGGGUGGUGUCCCUGCCGCGGCCGCGGUGCUAUGGUGCCGCCGCCGCCUCUGUCGCCGCCUCUCUGCACGCUGCCGCCGGGGCCCGGGCCCCCGCGCUUCGUGUGCUAUUGCGAGGGGGAGGGAAGCGAGGACGGAGGCCGCGGCGGCUUCAACCUCUAUGUGACGGACGCCGCGGAACUCUGGAGCACCUGCUUCACGGCGGACAGCCUGGAGGCCCUCAAAGCCCGUUUGGGCCUGAGUGCGGCUGAGGAGAUCACCCCCCGGUUCAGGGCAGCCUGUGAGCAGCAAGCUGUGACUUUCGCCCUGCGGGAGGAUGGAGCAUCCCUAACCCUUUCCGGGGGGCCCUGGGCCCUGGAUUUUGAGCUCUCCAAGGUGCCGGGCCCAGAGGCAGCCUCCAGGCUGCGGGCACUGACCCUGGGUCUGGCAGAGCAAGUGUGCAACUUGAAGAGGCAGCUGGCAGGCCUGCAGGUGACAGCCACCAGCCCCAAAAAGAGCCCUUGUCUGGCAGGGCCUCAGUUCUUCUUACCAGACCCGGACCCUCAGAGAGGUGGCCCUGGACUUGGGGUCAGGAGGCGGUGUCCAGGAGAGUCCCUCAUCAACCCUGGCUUCAAGAGUAAGAAACCAGCCAGUGGUGUAGACUUUGACAGCCCCUGAAGGCGCAGCACCAAGUGUGACCCUGCCAGGAGUCUGCUCAUGCGGUGGGGACAGCGCCUGAGACCCCACAGCCCGUCCUGCUGCCAGAGGGGAACAAACCUGCUCCUUGGACCCCUUCCCCAUUAAAUAAAUGGCUUCCUCAAGUGGAGGAAACGGC